AUGUCUGCUAAAGUUUACGUUGGAAACCUUUCUUGGUCUACCACUGACGACAGCCUCCGGGAUGCUUUCUCCCAAUUCGGUCAGAUCCUCGAUGCCAUCGUCAUGCGCGACCGUGAGACCGGCCGCUCCCGCGGUUUCGGUUUCGUUACCUACAGCUCUUCCGAGGAGGCUGAGGCUGCUAUCGCUGGCCUGAACGAGCAGGAGCUCGACGGCCGUUCUAUCAAGGUCAACCUUGCCCAGGCCCGUGGUUCCGGUGGUGGUGGCCGUGGCGGCUACGGCGGCGGCUACGGCGGCGGCCAGGGCGGUUACGGUGGUGGCUACGGCGGCGGCCAGGGUGGUUACGGCCAGCAGGGCGGUUACCAGGGCGGUUACUAA